AUCAUUCGAAUGAUCAUAAUCCGGGCCUGUUUUGAGCACCCCAGCGAUUUAGUUCUCAAUUCAACGAAACCUAUGCAGCGAAUAUACAUAAUGCGCUAAAAGGUGGCACCACAGACACGCUGGUAUGAUUUGUUUUUGUCGGAUUUUAAUAUGGCGCCUUAUCGCAAGCACUUCUGGGAGUGUGGAUGGUUUUCAUAUUUCAGUGUUCAGUUUUAAGCCGUAUUGGCGACCGUUGAAUAGUUUAUAUUUGUUUACACCAAGAUAAAUAGUGUUUUUCGUCGUUUUCGAGUUUUUUUCAUCGACAUAAAAACGCGAGUGUAAUGCGGAGUGUAUUUUGAAGAUGAAUAAGUACAAGUUCCAUGGACAGGUGUUGGGUUAACCCAGCCAUCAACUACCAAAACAUAUACCUAUUUAAAGGAUUUUCGUGUAACAACAGAUUGUAAUGGUAAUUUUCAAUCAAGGUUGCAGUUUGAGGAAGAAUUAUACGACAUGCAGGACAUUUGCGGCUUAGAAGGGGGCACUACGAGGGGGCUGUUGAUAUGCUGGUACAAUGGCCUCAAAGCCUGAUUUGAACUCAACAGCCAGUGUCCAAAAUGUGGUAGUUUAUGUGUCCAACGACCAUUUCGCACAGUCCUAUGCAGUUGAACAGCAGAAUGUACCGCAGCAAAGCAAUUUACACCCCUCUGGGUACCCUCACUCGAAUCAUCCCAUGGCCUCCUUGGCUCCUACAAAACAUUUUAACGACAAACCACACCUUUAUAGUUCUGGUAGUCAAGUGAUCAACACUAGUACACAAGAAGGGUACUUUGAGAAUGUUAUGUCUCAAAAUGAAUUUCCUGUAAAUAAUCUUGGAUAUCAAAGUGGAACUAACCUAAAAAACUGUGCUCCUAGUGAUGUUUUAUCUUGUGAAAGGCAACAUUCAGGUCCUGGUCGGCCUGACAAUGCCAAACGGGAUGAGUGUGAUAAUCGCGAACGGUAUACAGAGCCCUAUGUGACUAUUCUAGGUUCAGAAGUGUCCGCUCAGAGUGUUCGUUGUGAUUCAGUGCGUUCAGAAACUGCAGAGUCCAGCUGCAGUAGUCUCAGCUCUGUGGAUGAAGGGAUGGUUGUUGUGCAAAACCACUCACCUGAGAUGGUUGUAUAUGACCCCAGUGUUAGUGUUCGACCUGGAGGGGUUGUCCUAGUGGCACCCCCUUCAAUUACACAACAUCCCCAUGGCAGUGCUGUGGUUGGAAUAGGUCAUACACAACAUAUAACAGUUCCAUUUGGAUGGAAACGACUGCUAAACAAUGGAUGUAUUAUUUAUAUUAGUCCCAGUAACACAGCUUUAAGUUCUUUGGAACAAGUGAAGGAGUACUUGCUUACAUCUGGGACGUGCAAGUGCGGCCUUGAGUGUCAUUUUAAAUAUGACACAGUUUUUAAUUUUGAUCCUAAGGUGAUAGCGAAGCCAUGGGUAUUGUCUCCUGACACAAACACGGGGGACCUGACAAAAUUGUGCAACCACAAGCGAAAAAUAAUGACUAUGGCCUCGUUAGACUGUAAACCGCCCGACCUCGAGGGUAAAAUGAGGAAAGAUUAUGGCCUUAAGAAAAAGAAGCGAAAAAUGGGGGCCUCACUUCCUGGUGGAAUCUCAGUAUCGCAAAUCUUGGCUCAACGUGAAAAGCUGGCGAUGGAGCAACAAGCGUUUAAUAAGGAGAUUGUGGCAAAUCCACAACAGGUAUGGCCUUCCAACAACCCAACUAGUCACAGCAAUUCACAAGGGUUUGUUGACAAUCAACAGACUUCUUUGAUGCGAUGCCAUGAAUCGACAGGAGGUCGAAUGAUGACAAUUUCUCCUGUAGUGAUAGGAGAUGAUACGUCACCCGUUCCUGAACUGAACUCUCAUAGUCCCAGCGUUCACAUUCAUUCGCAGCAAAUACUAGGACCGAAUGGACAAAUUAUCAAUCUUCAGGAAAUGCCUCAAGGUCACGGAGGUGUGGUGCACCAAGGACAAAACCAUGUAAUGCAGGGUCAAAACAUUAACGUGAUGCAUUCCCAUCAUCAGCAGCAGCAGAACAGACUUUAUUUGAAUACUCAGCCAUCAGAACCUAGUGGUCCAGGCCGGCCAAGCAUGCAUCUUGCACAGUCAAAUAUCGGCGUAUCUCAGCAACUCAAGGGAUCUGAUGUUCAGAAAAAAAUUCAGCAACAGUCUCAACUUUUUAACAACCAGCAAAUGCAGCAUUAUGAAAACGUUGACCCCUGUAAAAGCAUAAGAUCGUUUGGAUUUAAUGGUUCUAGACCGCAGUCAUUGCCACAUCAAACCCAUUUAGUUCAGAAUAAUCUAAUGCAACAACAACAAAUGCAACAAAAGUUUCAGUGGCAGCAUAGAAUGCACAACUUGAAUCAACAGCAGUUAAAUCAAAUGCAUAUUCAACAUCACCAACAACCAAACCUGCAAAAUAAUCAAAAUGUGAAUAUUUAUGAAAGAGUUCCACCACUUCAUCAGCAUACUCCCAACGCUAUAUGGCAAGAUGAAAUACGAAGAAAAAAAGUUAAGUUAGGAAAAGCCGUUAAGAACCGACAGUAUCAUAUGGUGGAUAAUUGUCAAGUGCGAGGAAAUUUGGGGCCAUGCCCUAAUAUAGAUGUUCGGCAGAUUCCCAAUGAAGGUGCAAGAUCUAUUAUUACGAACCAAUUACCGCAGCAUAACCAAAACGCAUCUAGUCCGUCUUUUUUGGAGGAUCCCAGUGGAUAUUUAGCACAACAGACUGCUUUGCUAAAUAAUACCAUUAGUAGGCAAACAGGUGCCAAUAAUCCCUCUUAUGGAUGUACAAGUUCAAAUAUCGCAAUGCAGGGUACCGAGCAUAGUAUUAUGACCAUAUCAAAUUCUCCAUGUAAUGAAGUUUCUUUGCCUAGUAAUAUUAAUGCGACACUAAAGCCACAAAUGUCCAGAAUAAAUCAAAAUUCUAAUCUGAUGAAGCAGCAGCAGCAGCAGCCAAUUCAACAAAGCAUUAUGCAUAAACCCCAAUAUAGUCAUCAUCAACAAAAUGUUGCCGACAGUAGUGUCGUUCACGAUCAUCAGAUGCAUCACUACAUUCAACAGUGUCAAGGGUGUGUUUCCGAGUCCAGUUCAUUUUCUCAAAGUAGCCAAAGGCCCAAGCAUAGCAGCAGAUCGGAUAGUGCGCCCAGCACUCCAAGUUCUUGUGGAACUUCAGACGAUCCAGUAACGUCUUCAAUGUACUCAGAAAAACAGCAUAGUCAACCGUCUCCGGACACAAGACCUAUACAAGGAGGAACUGUCAGUACCAGCAAUGUAUCACCCAUGGACAGUAUACAUUCUGACCCACCAACACCAAACUCUCAUACUCCUACUCCAACUCCGCCUCAAAAAAUGUCGGACUUUGUACAAAACGGAAAUGCUUCAUCGGGCUUUAGUAUACAGAAUCAUGAAGGACAAAUAGUUCAAAUUGUAACUCAAUCCAGGGAAAAUUACAUUCAGCAAUGCCAACAAGAACAGCAGAGUCAGGAACAACAGCAGUAUAUUCAACAGCAAUUGCAGCAGCAAAAUAAGAGCAGUUCAAAGUUUGAUCCAACUUACAUAUAUGCGCAUUCUAGUCAAAACACCUCGAAGGCUCCUGAUAAAUCAGGAUUUAUUACCAGUGUGGUUACUACCAUGGCAAGUGGACGAACUUCGGGCUGUAACACUAUAACUUCCGUUCUAGCUGGUCGGACAAAUACUGCCACUGUUUCCAUCAACCAGUCCGGCUCUAACACUCCUCCUUCAUCCUCUUCGGGAAAUAUUAACUCAACACAAGCCAUGCAUAUUACAGUUUCCAAAAGUCCAUUGGAAAUGGUACAAAGUGUAGUUAGUAGUAUUCAAAUUCCACAUUCUCAGCAUCACAAUAUAACAGUAUCCAUGUCUCAAACUAGUCCUCAGAUGUCGCCUCAGAUAGUGAAACAUUCACCUUCUGGGUUACCACCCGGUCAUAUUUUGGUUUCAUCCAACGGCCAGCUAAUAAUGGCCAGUGCCGGAACAGGGCAUGCGAACAUGAUGGCACCGCCUCCCCCACCAAAAGUUGUUACUAGUCAAAACGCCAUGCCCCCAAUAUCUGUAUCGCCUAUGGUUACGAAUGUUACUGGCGCUAUGUCUCAAGUCAUCCCUGCAGUGGCGCAGCAGGUUCUUGGACAACAGACGGUGUUAGUAAAUACAUUACCAACACCGUUUGUGAUUCAACCUGGCAUGACCAUGACCAUGGACGGCAUGACAGUAGGUCAAAAUAUGCAAAUUCCCCAAAUUGUCACCGGUAAUGUAAUCCAACAACAAAUUCAGCUGGACAAUAAUGACGCUAGAAGAGCCACAUUACUUUCACCGGAAUCGAAAAAGAAAGGUAAAAAGCGAAAACUGCCUUCACAGACUGUAGCGGGUAUGUUGCAUAUUGCCGCACAGCAGAAUUCAGGUAUGGUAGUAAACCAGCAAGGCUUUCCAUCACAAAUUCAAAUGACGCAUAGUCCCCAAGGAUUAACCACUACUCCGAUGAUGCAAGCGCUAACCAUUGUUCCGAGUAAAAAUGGCGGGCCUCCGCAGAUUGUUAUGAAUGGACAAGCUGUGACCAAUGCAAAUCUGGGAACUCAGCAGAUUAUAGCAAACUCUCAGCCAACUCAACAAAUUAAUUUACUUCAACCAGUUAGUUUGAUCAAUGGCACCACAGGCGUGGUUCAGAAUAUUCCGGCUAUUCAACAGUUUAUCGUUCCUAAUAUCGGCGGAAGCAUGGUAAUGAAUGCUGAUGGAACAGCCACUAUUCUUCAAGAUACGUCUAACUUGGGUAUGCAGUUGCACAUUCAAAACGUCAAUGGGCAAAACGUUCUUACACCUAUUCAAAAUAGCAAUAUGUUUAAUGGUGGGCAGAGUAUUCUUGCUACGGGUCCAGCGGGAAUGGUCAUUAGGGCACCUACUUCGCAAGGCAAAAUAAUACAGCCACAACACAGUCCAGGGGCUCCAUUUUUGUCACCAAACGGCAGUCAGUUUGUGGUAAAUGGUGCUCAGUUCAGUGGUCAACUAAGCCCAUUAGUUGCCAGUGUGAGUCCUUCGCAGCAGGUGACUUUCAAUACGUCUCCUCAACAGAUGAGGUCAAAUAAUCAAAUGCAGUCAAACCAGCAAGAGUUUAUCCAAGUGAAUGGUCAAAUGGGUCAAACUCUGAUGGUUCCAUGUACACCUCAGCCACAGAAUAUCACAUCGUCGCAAUCAAAUCAACAAAAUACUACGUUUGUUCAGCAGAACACUACAAUUGUUCAACAGCAAACUACGAUGGUGGCCAACAACCAACAGCUACAAAGUUUCCAACCUAACAAUCAACAGGCGCAGGCACAGCAAAACGUUACGCGAUCAGCAGCACUUAACUUAGAUCAGCAGAACUUUAUGCUUAACACAGUGGAUAAAAAUCAUGUUCAAGCAUUGUUGGUUCAGCAGCAGCGGAACAAUUCUCAUGAGGGCAGUAACUAUCGGCAAUCCGUUUCCACACAGACGGCAGUAAAUCAAAAUUCUCAAUCUGUGACUACUAACACGUUCUGCCAGACAUCUGCUCUAUCUGCGGGGAGUCCGCCCGAUACUACAACAUUGAGUCCCGCUGCAUCUGGUGGUCAAAGUCCCCCAACUGCUGAUACUACCACGCACACCGGCAGCACCGACGACGGUUUAUCGCCAGCACCUUCAAAUUGUUCAACUUCAUAUGGUGAUAUCAAUAUUCCUGGAAGGCCUGGCUCGAGAGCUAUGGCAAUGGUCCACUGCGUGUCAAGUAGCGAACCCGAUUUACUGGAAGCUACCAAUUCUCAGACUGAGCAGGAUUGGAGAAAAAUCAGCCAAUCAACCAGUUCCAUCAAAGAAGAAUAUAUGGCGAUGAAGCAUGAGUUCUCAGAUGUUAGUAGUGGACAAAUGCAUUACAACAACAAAAAGCAGCAAAGCACAGGCCAGAUUGCUUACGAAGAGUCAAACAUUGGAAUUCACAUCCUGGAUCAAAAAAUUAAGCAGAACGUCCUGACGGCCAAACAUUAUGGCAAAUUGAUUCAUCAAAAGCGAAGCAAUGAUGUUAUGCUCGUUAUGGAUUCUAGACACAUGUCUAUGUUUGGGGAAGAAGAUGACGAGACCCGCAAAGAUGAGCCAUUGGAACCCGAACACGAUUUGAAGCCGAAUCGCAAUUUUAAGCUUGGAGAUUUGGUAUGGGGCCCGACUAAAGUUUCGUCUUCUUGGCCAGGAAAAAUCGUAGAAAUUAUGAAGGAUUUAGCUGUCGUCAAGUGGUUCGGUAGCGAGAAAAAUCUUUCGAAAAUUAAGAUUGAUGCGUUGCAAACAUUAUCUGAAGGGUUCGAUUCUCAUCAUCAGGCCAGGAAGAAAGCCAGAACUAGUCGAAAACUGAACACUCAAUUAGAACAAGCCAUUCAGGAAGCCAUGGCCGAAUUAGAUAAAAGCGAAUCCAGCAAUCCUGACCAAGAAGACUAUGUUAAGGGUAAAGUUACUUCUUCUGAUACCAAGAAGGUCUCGUCGAGAUUGAGAAGUGGACAACGAUAAAGAGUGAAGUUAUAUGUAUCUCAUCAUAUUAUAGGACCAACAUCGAAAUAUAACCCUGUGUAAACCUAGAUAAAUUUAUAUAUCUACAUAGACAGAUUUAACGCUUUUAAAUGUUUAUAAUAAGAUAUACAGUUAGCGAACCAUAAAAGCUGCAUUUUAACUUUCUAACUAACAACAACUGCCCUUGAAGCGCCUAUCCCAUAGCCAUAGUUUGUUUUCGAAAUUGUUUAUGAUUUUUAUUACGGAUAAUUAAUUUGAAGUUAUCGGACUUACGGGUCUGGGUCUAAUCAUCUAUCAGUCUAUCUAAUUAUGAAAGUUGAAGAAAACUUUAUUUUACAUUUUCCCUAAGUGUUUACAGUUAAAUGCCUUCGAAGUAUCUGAUAGGUUAUUCGAAAGGGGUAUAAAUUAGAUGUGAUCACACUAGAUUUUUAAUGGUGUCUUGUAUGUUUUCUUAUUUUUUAAUAGGCAGUUGUGUCUAACCUUUCAAACAACCAAAUUGUUUGUAAAUUAUCAAAUAUUUUAUUGGGUCUUUAUUGGUUCGCUGUACUCAAGUAGGCUGAUGUAAUACUGGUAUAUUGAUUCCUAGACAACAGAAAUUUAAACACCUAUAUCGUAAAAAACUGAAAUAUUUUUAAAAUGACUUUUUUUAACUUGAAAGUAGGUAAUAAUAAUAAUUAAACUUGCAGUUUGCAAUAUAACUGAGAACGUACAUGGAAUGAAAGAUCAAAAUUACGCAUCAUCUUUGCGGAUAUUGUGUGAUUAAUGCAUAAUUGAUUUCCCUUAAGAGUGGUUACUACUUUUUGAAGUUACAAUUAUCCUGCGUAGUCUAAUAUUUUUUUACCCUUGUCAAAGAAUUGGCUUGGCGCCGAUUAUUACAUACAUCGCAGUAGCUGUACCAUUCUAGAUUUAUCUGGUUGAAGAUUUGUAAUAUUGCUAAAAAGUAAUAAUCAUAUCUCAAAGGCUAGGGAAAACUGGGCCUUCAAAGAUUUUGUAUAUAAUAUCUGAUUAGUUGUAAAUGUUUUUAUAUAGCAUAAACUAUAGAUGUAAAGGAAGAAUAGGUUAUUUUGAAAUUGAGCAUUUAAACUUUUUUCUUGUCUGUUUUAAAAAACUGUUUGUUACAUUGAUCUAUGAAAAGAACGUUAGUAUGAGCAAAAAAAUGUUAAUUUGUUAUUUUUAUUACUCUUCUUGUACUCUCCUACCCGACAAAUGUGUAUUAUCAAUCAUUAAUUUCGUUUCGUAAUAUGUGCAAUUAUUUCAUUAAAAAUUCGUGAUGGCAAAUUUAUCAUACAAAAAUAUGACUGCCACAUUUUUAAAAUUACCUUACUAGCUGGCCAUCAAAUUUCAAUUAUUUACAAUAUUUAUACACAUAGAAAAUAUAAUAUUUAUAUACUUAUAUGCAUACUUGUUUAGUUCCACGUAAUUUUAAAGUUCUCGUAAAUUAUGACAAAGAUAAUUUCCCUUAUGUAUUGAAAUAUAUGUGAAAUUACUUAUAUAUUUUUUUUUGGAUUCUGAACCAACCAUGGCAAAACCAGAAUACAUUAACCAUCUUUUCGCGGUGGUUUUUUUGAAAGCAGUUUACUGGGAGAAUACCUAGAUCUCAAUUUCGUUUUUGCUGAAAUGAAUUGAAACCAUUUAACGGUUGCUGCCGUUCUUAAGAUCAUUUUAACAGUAUUUCCUCAGACCUAGUAAUGUAUCAUCUGGCAUUCAGAUAAACGUUUUCCAUCAGAUGCUUUUAUCCACAAACUUUGGGGUAACAAAUGUCUAAAAUACAACCAAUUCCAUGGAUUCCAGAUAGAUAUACAUAGAUUUUGAUUUAAAUGCGUCUGUUUUAUUCGGUUCCGUUGUUUAAGAUUUUAAAUACUAAUCUGUAAUAUACAGUUUAAGUACACAAAUACUUUUUGUAAAUAGUGUAAAAUCAAUAGAAAUUUCGUAUUUUAUUCAAUUUUAGUUUUAAUAAAUUAUUAGAAUCUAAUUAAAACAGCGAAUUUUUAAUAAACAUAUUAUGUGAAUAGGCUCUCAGCCUAAACUUCUAAAAUGAUUAUUGAAAUGGAACUUUUAGAAAUUUUCACAGAAUUUUGCCCGGGCGACUGGGUAAUGAAUUUUGGGACAUCCGGCAUAACUAUAAUGCAUUAAAUUUAAAAUUCUUGUAGACGGAAUCGAAGAUUUUCAGCAGAUAACGGGCGUGAGUUGUGGAACAAGAUGCAUGGCAAAUAUUUUUACAGCCUAGUACAGAGUAGAACUAUAACACUUUCCCACGUCUAUUGCAAUUUUGACUCACGAAUUUCAAACUAAAUAUAUAAUGACAAUAAAUUAUUUCUCGACGGUAGGUAUACUGUGAUCUUUGCGCUUUUUCUAUGUAAAGAAGUACCACAAUGCACAACCUACUAACAGGUUAAAUUCGAUUUAAAAUAGACGUUUUAAGUCGGAAAUAUUAAAUAAAAAGAUUUUUAUUCAUAUAAAUAAACAUGGCUUUUUAAUGUUCUGUAAAAUGUAACACUGUGAUUACGUGUUACUGUAUCUGUGUGUAAACUUUUUAAAACUUAUUCAAUGUAAUAUAUAGGCAUUACAUUUUCAAAUAACUUUUAAUCAAACAUAUUUUCAUAUAGAAAUGAAAUUUUGGAACAUACUGACUUGUCAUACUUAAAGAAUUAGUGAACAGGUUCAUAUACAAUAGAAUUAUCUCAAAAUUAAAUAAUUAUUUCCUUUAACUUAAGAAAGAGCUGACUUCCUUCAAGUUUACUUGUGAGUUAACAAUAAGCUAAUAUUUUCGAAACGUUUGAUUGAAACGAAAUGAUAAAAGUGCGAAAUUACAUUCGCAAAUUCGAAGAAAUAUUACAAUUUUAAUAAAAUGUAAUGUAGGAUUUGUAAUUUCUUAUAUAAAUAAACCAUUAGCAUAUGGAAGUUCACAGCAUCUAAAAAUCCAAAUCAUUAUUAGAUCAAGAAACAAGUAAGCAUUUUCUGAUCAUUUCAUGUUAGCAUUGUCGGACGCCAAUAAUAUUUAAUUUUGAAUAUUCUUCUCUUUGAGAAUACCAGUUUGAAAACCCUUAACAUUUGGUCUGAUAAAAUAUAUCUAUUUGAAGCCAUAUUAACUUAUUCCUGCACAACAAAAUUGUUCUACAGGAAGUUGAAUAUGAAGUGAAUUAUUGUUUUUGCUCCUACACAACAAUUCGAAAUCAAAUUGAAAUUCAAAAUGUCUAACUUAGUCGACUUAAGCAAAUAUCCUGUAAAUCAUAUUUUUAUAAAGUUGUAUAAUUUAUUAUUUAUAUAUACGUAAAGUAAUUUGCAUAAACAGUAAGUAGGAUGUAUAUUUUUUUGUAUAUUUUAUUGUUUUUUGGCAGGUUGCACUCACACUUUUGCAGGUUAAACUCAAACAGUAUAGUUUUGAACAACUUGUAUCAUUGAGAGAUGGACUAGUAUUAUUAACUUAAAUUACAUUAUUGUAAAUGGCAUUUUUUAUUUAGUAUAUAUAUUUCGGGUUUAUUUAUACAUGUUCUUCUAGAUCUGCCUAAAAAUAAUAAGCCUUGUAUAUUGGUUGUUCGAUUUAUUCAUUUUAGAUAUUAAGUAUCACACGGCAGCAUUAAGGCACGUCAAAAGGAUUUUUUGUUUUCGAUAGGCUUUAUAACAAUAUGUGCUGAUUUCUUUUACAUAUUUUUUUAAAGAAGAGGACAUUCUUUAAUGAUCUUGGACAUAUCCAAGUGUUAAUUAUAUGUAAGUUUUUAAGAAUCGAAAUAGUCGAGCUAACAACUUUUUAAACAAUCCACUUACUUCUUUUACAGAAAUAAUAUUAUUUUUUAUUGGAAAUAGUUGGAAACGCUUCGUUUGUUAGAAAUGUGUGCUAAACGCUCAAUAUAAUAUAACCUCUAAUUAUAUUAACUUUUGUUGCCAGAAUUAAUGUUUAUAGUUUUAUAAUUUAUUAUGUAUAUAUUUUAAUAGGUACCUGUUUUGUCCGUCGCAGUUACAAAUCUAUAUUCAAGUGACAUUUUUAGAUGUUUGUAUUAGUCCAAUCUUUAGUAAACUUGUCAAUACAUUUGGAUAAAGUGUUUGUACUUUGAUGGAAAAGUACGGUUGAAUGCACCUAUGCAAUAAUUAGAUUAAAUAAGUUUACAUUUAAUUUUUCUAUUGUAAAAGUACCUUCAAUAAGUUUGCUUUUCGGAUGGUUUCACAUUGAUAUUUAUGCAAAACGGCUUCUUGUCAGAGUUUAAUAAGAUUUUCAAACCCAGUGUUAUAACGCCAUUGGUUUCUUCAAACCUUCUCAUAUUAAUUAUGGUAGCUAAAAUUAUGUCUGUUUUAUGUAAAUAUCUUGUAAUAAUAUUUUACUGUUUGGCCUGCUAUGUUGUGGUUAAACAUUUCACAGCCCAAUAAAUACUGGACUAGAUAUUA